AUGAAGUGGAAGGUGCUUGUCAUCGCGGCCAUCCUGCAGGCUCAGCUCCCCGUGACAGAGGCACAGAGCUUCGGUUUGCUGGACCCCAAACUCUGCUACCUGUUGGACGGGGUCCUCUUCAUCUACGGCAUCAUCAUCACCGCCCUGUUCCUGAGAGCGAAGUUCAGCCGGAGCGCGGACGCCGUGGUGCACGGGCAGGGCCCCGGCCAGCUCUACAACGAGCUCAAUCUGGGACGGAGAGAGGAGUACGACGUUCUGGACAAGAGACGCGGCCGGGACCCGGAGAUGGGGGGAAAGCAGCAGAGGAGAAAGAACCCGCAGGAAGGCGUCUACAACGCGCUGCAGAAGGAGAAGAUGGCUGAGGCCUACAGCGAGAUCGGGAUGAAAGCCGAGAACCAGCGCCGCAGAGGCAAGGGACACGAUGGUCUUUACCAGGGGCUCAGCUCGGCCACCAAGGACACCUAUGACGCCCUGCACAUGCAGACGCUGCCCCCUCGCUAGCGUCGGGGCGCACGGCUCGCAGGCAGCCCUCUGACACGCGAUUGUAAGGCCCGG